GGGCGGCGCUCUCGCUCCUCUUCAAUCGCAAUCCUCUUCCCUUCCCUGCGCUCUUGACCGGGAGGUCCGUGGCUGCAGAAGAAACAGAAGAAUCCCGAGCCCUCCGUCGGCGUCUGGUACUGGGCCCUGAGGCGCUGCUUCCCCGCACAGCCGGUUGCACAUGACGCGUGCUCCGCCGAUGGUGGUGCACGGCGCCGAGCGCUCCCCAUCGGUGCGACAUCUACGCGCUGAAGUAGCAUCGCAGGCUAACGUCAGCUAACAACAUCGAUCUUUCUGCUGCUCCACCCCCUCUCCCUCCGGCCGACCCCCGUCACCGAGCCGUCACAUCAACAGUUGAUUGAAAGCUAACACUGGACCACCGAGGGAACCCCCCCCAUCCCCAACCCAGCCCAGGCUAGAGCACGAAGCCCACCGGUUACCACCCCCAUUUCCGAAUUUAGGGCCUGCAACGACAGUUGCCUCAGAGUUUUAACCCGUGAUAUUUAAAUCACCGACCCCCUUUCCUCCUCCUCUGUGGCCUUUUAGGGGUCCGCUGUAUCUACCUCAACAUCACGAUGCCUCCCCGCCCCUGUGUAACCUCAGUCGUACCAUCACCCCGACUCUGACCAGCCUCCUCUCGAGCCCCACCGACAUCGGCUCUGCUGCUUCUGACAAUCCCACCCAGGAGUGCUGCUCGGCGGGCACUGAUUGCGGCGAACCCCAUUGUACAUCUCCGCUUCUCUCCAUCCGUUUUCUCAGUCUGACUGCAGAGGGGAGCUAGCUGGCCUGUUCUACUUCACACCCACCUACUCAGCAAAUUUAGUCUAUCCACUACCACCCCAUCCAGUGUGUCCCCCACCCCAGCAGACCUCCGCUCCGCAGCGCCCGAGCUCCGGGUCUCGCCAUGCCGGGUCCGGUGGCCGGUAGCAAGUCCCGUGUUUACGCAGACGUCAAUACGCUGAAGAGCCGGGAGUACUGGGACUACGAGGCCCAUGUACCCAACUGGAACAACCAGGAGGACUACCAGCUGGUUCGUAAGCUGGGCAGAGGGAAGUACAGCGAAGUGUUUGAGGCCAUCAACAUCACCAACAAUGAGAAGGUGGUGGUCAAGAUCCUGAAGCCGGUCAAGAAGAAGAAGAUCAAGCGAGAGAUCAAGAUCCUGGAGAACCUGCGAGGAGGGACCAACAUCAUCCGGCUGGUGGACACCGUCAAAGACCCCGUGUCCAGAACUCCAGCGCUGGUCUUUGAAUGCAUCAAUAACACAGACUUCAAGGAGUUGUACCAGAAGUUGACAGACUAUGAUAUCCGUUUCUAUAUGUAUGAACUACUGAAGGCUCUGGACUACUGUCACAGUAUGGGAAUCAUGCACCGUGACGUCAAACCCCACAAUGUGAUGAUCGACCACCAGUUGAGAAAGCUACGCCUUAUAGACUGGGGACUGGCAGAGUUCUACCACCCGUCUCAGGAGUACAACGUCAGAGUGGCCUCGCGGUAUUUUAAAGGCCCCGAACUGCUGGUGGACUACCAGAUGUACGACUACAGUCUAGACAUGUGGAGCUUGGGCUGUAUGCUGGCCAGUAUGAUUUUUCAGAAAGAGCCCUUCUUCCAUGGACAGGACAACUAUGACCAGUUGGUGCGGAUUGCCAAGGUGCUUGGGACAGAUGAGCUGUUCGGCUACCUGCGUAAAUACCACAUUGAGCUGGACCCGCGAUUCAAAGACCUGCUGGGACAGCAGAGCAGGAAGCGCUGGGAACAGUUUGUGCAGACGGAGAACCAGCACCUGGUGAGUCCUGAAGCUCUGGACCUGCUGGACAAGCUGCUACGCUACGACCACCAACAAAGACUGACUGCCGUCGAGGCCAUGGAGCAUCCCUACUUCUACCCAGUAAUAAAGGAGCAGUCUCUGUCAAACUCUGAAAACAACAUGGUAUCCAGUGGCAACACUACAGCGCGGUGAAACACUGAAGUGAAAGAAGAAGAAGUUUGUUACCUCAGCUUUGUACCCAGUUCUGACAGUAACUUUGACAAGUGUACAGUGACAAUGGAUCAAAGUAACUCUGACCAGUUACACCCACAGACAUGUGCAUACAGAAACACACAUCUAUACACACACCAAUGCAAGCACACCUCUACACAAACACACAUGAAGACAUGUAUACACACACCCUCCUCCUCUGUAUCAGUCUGCCAUUGGCUUGUCCUGGUUCCCUGUCCAGAAGCCUGACCAAUGAGCUUGAAGCUGCUCCCCGUCCCCAUCGUCCCCCCCAAACGAUCUUUUCCUCCCAACUCAGUCUCAUGUAGGUCAACACGGACAAACUACUUUUAAAGACAAUUCAAUCCCUCCUCUCAGUCGUCUCUUCUUCAUAUCGUCCCCUCUUUGUUUGCAUCAGCAUGGAGAAUGAACAGGAACGUGAGCCUGUACAAAUACCCCCCCUCCUCCAUCCCCUCCCAACCUGUUCAUCCAUCCGUCUGUCUGUCCCCUCACCUUCAUCCUCAUCCCAACAGACAGACAGACGUCUUAGCACUACUCCAGUUCUGAAAGUGGCAUGGUGGACUCUCUAGAUAGAAUGAUUAUAAUAAUAUUAAUGAAAAAUAAAUGAUUUUUAUUUAGAUGAAC